AUGGUGGACGCAGGUUUUAAGGGAAGAAGUGAGAAGGAAGAAACACCUUUGGGGAAGCUACCUGGGAGAGAAGAAUCUGGAAAGAUGAACGAAGAAAUCGAAAAUUGCCAGGAGAUAAAUGAGGACAGUGUGGAACUGCAACAAGGAGAAGAUGACACGAUAUUAAAAGAGGAAAUUUGGUACGCACUGGGUAGGAUGAAGCUGGGAAAGGCAGCAGGUCAUAAUGGAAUAACACCCGAUAUGCUUAGAUAUAUGGGAGAGCGGGGUAUACGGUGGAGAAUGAAUGGAGAUUGGACGCAGCCCCUGAGCCGGCUCCGGCCAAAUUGGAAGAUUGGAGGAUCUUAUGCUCUCCCAUCAAAUGCAAAUGGCGGACCACCCUCACUGCUCCACCAUUUACCUCUACAUUAA